AUGGCGCAGAACUCCGAACCGAUUCCAAAGAGGCCCAAGGGUAUCCUCAAAAACUCUAGUUCUCAGCAGCUCCUCCACGUUACGCACGACGCGCAUCAUACCCCAUCACCGCCACCCGAAGACACCAAAGAGCUCACCCUGCAAAACACCCUUGUGAAUGCCGGUCGCCGCCCAUCUGCCUCUUCGCGCCGCACUUCUCUCGCCAGCGCUCACGGACACCAUGACGAAAUUUCACCCCGCCUCAAGUGGGAUGAAGCCAACUUGUACCUCACGGAGCAAGAAAAGACGGCGAAGAUGAAGAUCGACGAGCCCAAAACCCCAUAUGCACCGCGCUAUGAUCCCGCCGAGGAUGAAGAAGAGAUGAGGCUUGCUGAGGCGCAGGAGAGCCUGAUCGAUGCGCAGGGUGUUGUUGUUGAUGAGCUUGAUAAGGAUAAGAAAGGUUCCUCGUCGGCUUCAUCCUCGCAGAAUAAGGUCUCUGAAGAUGAUAUCCCUGAGCUGGAGUUGGGAGAGCCCGAAGAGGAGGUUUCGCAGGACGCACAUCUUGGAGCUGGCGAUCGGAUCAUGCGUGCGCGCAGCUUGAGCAGUGAGUCUGGUCGCAGUGACAGGCAUGUUGUCGUUGGGGCGGAUACUAGCACCGAGUCAAACGGAGAUGAGCGUUUGUCGCCCGAGGAGGUGCGGGAGAAGCAUCGGCAGUUCGAGAAGCAGCGGAGGAAGCAUUAUGAGAUGCGGAAUAUCAAGGAGCUUUUAGCACACCACGAGGACCUGGACGAGAUGGACGAGGACGAGGAUGAAGGAGCGUCCAGAUCGGGUGUCCCACCUCCCAUGCCGCAGGUCCCGCAGCAAUAUGUGAACGGCGGCAACGCUUUGAGUUAUGAUGGCGACGAGAUGAGUGAUGAAUAG